AUGGCGCCUUCGCGGAAGCCAGCGAGAGUGUCGGGGGAGAAGAAGUUGAUACCGGGCACUCAAGUUGAUGACGAUUGGAGCGAUAUAGAGUUGGGCGAUUUAGACGCAAUAUGCACUCAAGUGGAGAGUGCAGUAGCAGCGAUAGAGGAGUCAGUGGGAGGGAGUGCUGCUGAGGAGGUCGAUGAUGAUGGUUUGGGGUCAUUGGCAUCGGAGGAUCUUCUGGCUGCGAUGGAGGAGAUCGAGGCGGCAGUGGACCGAGCGGCUGGUAUUGCAGAUCAACCACCAUCGGGAAAAUGGUCCAAGUAUAUCGAGAGUCGCUUGAGCGACGCGAAACCCGAAAUCAACUCCCCCGGUCACGAG